CAGGCGCGUUGGCUCUGCCCGAGCUGUGAGGAUUUCAUGUGGAGGAAGAAGCAGAAACAGACCCUAAAAACCCACGAAGCGCGCGCGGCUCGUCUGCUUCACUCUCACGCGGAUUUUAACUGACCGGACCGGGGCGGAAAUGUGCACGCCGUGUUGUAUCUCGCAGCUGGCCUGCUGCUGCGGCUCAGCGGCCUGCUCCUGCUGCUGUAACUGCUGCCCCAAGAUGAAACAGUCCACAGGAACCCGAAUUAUGUACGCCAUCUACUUCCUGUUGGUCACUGUUAUCUGUGUCAUCAUGAUGUCCCCCACGGUGGUGGGCCAGAUGAGAGGCCAAUUCCCCACCUUGUGCGAGAACUUGAAUGCAGGAGAGGACUGCAAAACUCUGGUGGGUUACUCGGCUGUCUACAAGGUGUGUUUUGGAAUGUCCUGCUUCUUUUUGUUCUUCGCCAUCUUCACCAUACGAGUGAACACCAGCACUGGCUGCAGGGCGGCCAUCCAUAACGGAUUCUGGCUGGUGAAGUUUGUUCUGCUGGUGGCAUGCUGUGCUGGAGGCUUCUUUCUCCCGCAGGAGGAAACCUUUCUUGAAGUCUGGCGCUACAUCGGAGCCGUUGGGGGCUUCCUCUUCCUUCUGAUCCAACUUAUGCUGCUGGUGGAGUUUGCACACAGAUGGAACACAAACUGGAGUUCGGGAGUGUCGUAUAAUCGUAUGUGGUACGCGGCUCUGGCCUUGGUGACUCUGCUUCUGUUCACGGCGGCCGUGGGAGCCGUAGCCUUCAUGGGGUUUUUUUACACUCACCCCGAGGCCUGCUUGCUGAACAAGAUCUUCCUGGGCAUCAACGGCAGCCUCUGCCUCGUCGUCUCCCUGCUGGCCAUCUCCCCCUGCAUACAGAAACUGCAGCCCACAUCCGGCCUCCUGCAGCCGGGCGUCAUCAGUGUGUACGUCAUGUAUCUUACCUUCUCAGCCUUCUCCAGCAAACCAAAAGAAGUGGCGGAGAUAGGCGGUGUAAACCAGACCGUCUGCGUGUUCCCCUUCAACUCCGGGACAGAGAGCGACAAGAAGAUCGUCACUGGCCUCGGAACCAUCAUCCUGUUUGGCUGCGUCCUCUACUCUUGCCUGACGUCCACCAGCAGGCGAAGCUCGGCGGCCCUCAGAGUGUGCAGGAACAGCGAGCCAGAGGCUGAGAGAGCUCGCUGCUGUUUCUGUUUUGGAGAUGACACAGAGGACUUUGACGAGGAGAAGACCGGUUCAGGCCAGAACGUGGUGUACGACGAGAGAGAGGGAACCAUCUACAGCUACUGCUACUUUCACUUUGUCUUCUUCCUGGGCUCCCUGUAUGUCAUGAUGACUGUCACCAACUGGUUUCAUUUUGACAACCAUAAAAUCGAGAAGCUGCUGGAGGGAAGCUGGUCUGUGUUCUGGAUCAAGAUGGCCUCCUGCUGGGUCUGUCUGGUUUUCUACAUGUGGACCCUCGUCGCUCCCAUGGUCUGCCCGAAGCGCUUCGAGGCGUAGGACAUCACACGCUCGCGUGUCGGGCUACUCUGAUUCUUGCAAUGCGGCCAGGAUGAAGUUCCCACAAUGGGCCAAGGGACCAACACACAAACACACACACACACACACACACACCCCUGUUAGCUUGAAACACAACCCUACUCUACCCUCAGCGUUUGAAAUGGAGGAUUAUCUGUUGCCUUUUGUUUUAUAUGCUAGCGUUUACUUUGUUUUACAAUGUUGAGCGGUUAAUACCUUGACGGUAAGCUUUUACUACCACUGACUCUCUGAGUUUUUGUAUUUCGUACAGGUUUGAAAUUGACUAAAGAUUCCUGGCAGCUGCGUUGCUUUGAGAAACAUCCAGCUUUCACAGAUUUUCAAAAAAUUUCAAACUUGAAAGUGUAUUUUGUAAGUAUUUUCUGUACUCGUAUGUGUUCAGAUUAUCUCAAACUCGUGCUUUUACCCUCAGACGGCCAUUUCAGUUUUGUACAGUUGGAUUAGAACAUAAAGUUGUAGCAACGUUCCGGGACAAAUUUAUUUCAGAUGAGACAAAUUUGUAUUUAUUUAAGUGUGCCUAAAUGAAUGAAAGAAGAAACGUGUGAAUUGAAUUAGAUUUGUCCCUGAGUCUGUUGGCGGGGGGGGAUAAAAAACUCAUUUCUCAGGCUCACAUUCAAGCUGUACAUAUAUAUGUCAGUGCUUUGUUAUAUUGUCUCUUUUUGUAGAAGUUUUCUAUGCAACAAGAAGAGCUCUUUUCAAUGUUAGAGAAUCCAGUGUUGUGAAGUUUCCCACUCAAGCUAUGUUCACACUGCUGGUCUUGAUGCUCAAUUCUGAUUUCUUGUUGAGAUAUGAUUUUUUUUUUUUUCUUUUUUUUUUUUUUGCAUACACUACAUUUUAAACGCGACCUCCAUCACAUUGCAUUGUGAACGUGACACGACCAGACGGGGAUGAAGGAGACUGAGAAAAAAGAGAGGACAGCUUCGUGACAUCACAUACAUGCGGCUUGACCGUUCAGACCGCGGUCGUCUUGAAAGAUAACGGAUACGGACGCAGAACCAGGCCUGGAUCUGGUCACUAAACAGGUCGGAUGUGGGUCACCUGUGAGCAGAAAAUCACAACUGGGUCACAUUUUCCUGCAGUGUGAACGCAGCCUCAGAUCAUGUGUACCGUUUCAGUUUUUAUUGAUGUCAGCGCUCCCUUUGAGCAAAGUCUUUUCCUAAGAAAAAAAAUCCACAUUUCCAGUUUCCGUGGUCGUGGUCGUGGUCGUGCAGGGCAACGCUCCUCAAAUCAACCUGCCUUAAAGAGGAGCGACGUUGGAGGUGCGCCACCGUGAGGGAGGCGCUGCGGCGACACAGACGAGCUGCAUUUACCAAAGGUAGAUGUCAGAAGAUAAGAAA